AGAAGCAAAUGGCUAACAAGUGGCUGCUAUGUGUGGCCCUGUCAGCCAUCGUCGCUGCUUGGCACAGCGAGGCGAAGUCUGCUGUGAACACGUUCUCCAUGUCCCAGAUUCCAGAAAAAAUAACCGGUGUGAGUCCCAUCCACAAUGGCCAGGUUUGCAGUACAUGGGGCAACUUCCACUUCAAGACCUUUGAUGGGGAUGUUUUCCAGUUGCACUCCACCUGCAACUACGUUCUGACGUCUUUUUGCAAGGGCAUGUACAGUGACUUCAACAUCCAGAUCAGAAGAGAUGAGGCUGACGGCCAUCCCACCAUCAAAACCAUCAUUAUGAAGCUGGAGGGUUCAGUGGUGGAGCUCUCCAAAGGCUCAGUGGUCAUUGAUGGCAAAUUAGCGAUCCUACCUGUCAGUCAGUCAGGAGUGUUCAUCGAGAAAACGCCCACCUACAUCAAAAUCAAAGCAAAGUUGGGAUUGCUUGCUAUCUGGAAUGAGGAGGACUCUUUUCUGGUGGAGCUAGACCUGAAAUACAAGAACCAAACCUGUGGUCUUUGCGGAGACUUUAAUGGGGUCCAGCUCUACAAUGAGUUCUACAGCCACGGUGCGACACUAUCCACUAUGGAUUUUGCUAACUUCUGGAAAAUGGAUGGUCCAGUUGAAAGCUGCUCUGACUACACACCGGAAUCAACACAAAGCUGCAACGACAUGAAACCUCUGUGUGAGCAGAUCCUCACAGGGCCUGCUUUCAACACCUGCCACAAUCUGCUGGACAUUGCCUCUUUCACUUCCGCCUGUGUUGCAGACCUCUGUCACUGUGGCAAUGGCAAAAAUGAAAACGCAGACCCCUCUUGCCUGUGCAACACUGUGUCCGAGUUCUCUAGACAGUGUGUGCAUGCUGGUGGCAAGCCCCACAACUGGAGAACCAAAGACCUCUGCUGGAAGUCAUGUCCUUACAAAAUGGAGUACAAAGAGUGUGGGAGUCCCUGUGCUAACACCUGCUCCAACCCAGAGGCCAGCCACACCUGUGACAGUCACUGCAUCGAUGGAUGCUUCUGCCCCGCAGGCAUGGUGCUGGAUGAUUUAAACAACAGUGGCUGUGUCCCACUGAGCAAAUGCUCCUGCACAUACAACAGUAAGAUCUAUGGACCUGGAGAGUCCUACACCAGUAACUGCAAAAAAUGUGUGUGUGAGAGUGGCCAGUGGGAGUGUACGGAGGAGGACUGUCCAGGAACCUGCUCUGUGGAGGGAGGGUCUCACAUAAACACCUUCGAUGAGAAAGUCUACACCUUCCAUGGGGACUGCACCUACGUUCUGGCUAAGGACUGCGGUGGAGACCGGUUUGUGGUACAGGGAGAACUGGUGCAGUGUGGACUGACUGAGAGUGAAACCUGCCUCAAGUCGAUCACUUUGGGUUUGUCUGGAGGGGCUAAUGUGAUCACCAUCCAUCCCAAUGGCAAGGUUUUUGUGAAUGGCAUCUACGCUCAGUUACCAUUCUCUGCUGCUGGACUCACCGCGUUCAGAGGAUCCUCUUUUUACCUGCUAGUCCAGACGUCUGUCGGUGUUCUGUUGGAGGCACAGCUCCAACCAAUCAUGCAGCUCUACAUCACAGUGAACACUGACUACAAGACCAAGACCUGUGGUCUGUGCGGGAACUUCAACAAUAACCAAGCUGAUGACUUUCUCAAGCUCAGCGGUGUUCCAGAUGCCACAGCAGCUGGUUUUGUCAACAGCUGGAAGACACACGCUAGUUGCCCCAAUGUUAAGACCAACUUUGAGAACCCUUGCAGUCUUAGUCUGGAUAAUGAGAGGUACGCCAAGCACUGGUGCUCCAUGGUGAGUGACCCUAAGGGAGUGUUCGCCCCCUGUCACUUAGAAAUCAGUCCUGACUCCUACAAAGAGAACUGCAUGUAUGACAGCUGUAACUGUGAGAAAAGUGAGGACUGCAUGUGUGCUGCAGUCUCCUCCUACGUCCAUGCCUGUGCAGCUGCAGGGAUCCAGGUCAGUGACUGGAGGAAGACAAUCUGUGGUAAAUAUGCCAGCUCCUGCCCCAGCAGCAUGGUCUAUUCCUACAACAUCACGUCCAGCAGUCGCACCUGUCGCUGCAUCGACUUCACUGAGCUCAGCUGUCACCUCUCCUUCCUGCCCAUCGACGGCUGCAUCUGUGCAGAGGGAACCUAUCUGGAUGAAUCUAGGAACUGUGUCCCACCUGAGUCUUGUCCCUGCUAUGACAAAGGCUCUGUGGUGCCUCCUGGACAGGUCGUCAACAAGGACGGAGUCAUGUGCACCUGUAAGAAGGGCAAGUUCAGCUGCAUUGGAGAGUUUAUUGCACUGCCAUCCGCCUGUGCUCCCCCCAUGGUUUUUUUCAACUGCUCUGCUCACAGUCCAGGUGCAAAAGGAACCGAGUGUGAGAAGAGCUGCAACACACUAGACAUGGCCUGUAUGAGCAUGGGAUGUGUCUCUGGCUGUAUGUGUCCAUCUGGGAUGGUAUCUGAUGGUAAAGGAGGCUGCAUCAACCCGGAGGCCUGUUCUUGCGUUCACAACGGCAUCUCCUACCAGCCUGGAGAGACCACCAAGGUGGACUGCAACACCUGCACUUGUAAAGACAGGAAGUGGCAGUGCACUACCGACCCGUGUGAUGGAACCUGCUCUGUCUAUGGGGAUGGACACUACAUGACUUUUGAUCAGAAGCGUUUCACGUUUGAUGGCAACUGUGAAUAUAUUCUCACUCAGGACUAUUGUGGCAGCGCUCAGAGUAAUGGGACCUUCAGAGUGAUCACUGAGAAUGUUCCAUGUGGAACCACAGGAACCACCUGCUCCAAGACCAUCAAGAUCUUCCUAGGGAGUGCAGAACUGAUCCUAACAGAGGGAAACUACCAGCUGCUUUCAAGUGGAAAUGAAGAAACAGUCCCAUUCCGUUACAGUACGAUGGGCAUCUACCUGGUAAUAGAAGCCAACAAUGGACUAAUUUUCAUGUGGGACAAGAAGACCAGUUUGUUCAUCAAGCUCAGCCCAAAAUAUAAGGGUCGUGUGUGUGGGCUGUGUGGCAACUAUGACGGCAAUGCAAAUAAUGACUUCACCACAAGGUGCCAUGCUGUGGUGGUCAACUCACUGGUGUUUGGGAACAGCUGGAAGGACUCGCCAAGCUGUCCUGAUGCUCAGGGUAUCACCAGCCCCUGCACAGCCAACCCAUACCGACAGUCCUGGGCCCAGAAACAGUGCAGCAUUAUACAGAGUGAUGUCUUCUCUGCCUGCCACUCCACUGUUGAUCCCACUCCAUACUAUGAAGCAUGUGUGUUUGACUCGUGUGCUUGUGACACCGGUGGAGAUUGCGAAUGUUUCUGCACUGCCGUGGCUGCUUAUGCUGAAUCCUGUAAUCAAGCUGGCAUCUGUAUACGAUGGAGAACCCCUAAGAUCUGCCCUAUCUUCUGUGAUUACUACAAUCCCCCUGGUGAAUGUGAAUGGCACUACAUGCCAUGUGGCUCUCCUUGUAUGAAAACGUGCCGGAACCCCUCAGGCAUCUGCUCUACACAUAUACCUCCCCUAGAAGGUUGCUAUCCAAAAUGUCCUCCUGCUCAGCCAUACUUUGAUGAGGAUACAAUGACAUGUGUUUCAAAAGACCAAUGUGGCUGCUAUGAUAAAGAGGGACAACACUAUAAUAAUGGUGACAAAGUGCCAACAACCGAAAAUUGUCAUUCUUGUACAUGCAGUUCACUGACCAUCCAAUGCCAUUAUGAUGCCCAAGCCUGUACUUGCACAUAUAAUGGGAACAAAUAUCCCCCUGGCACUACCAUCUAUAACACAACAGAUGGGCAUGGUAACUGUAUCACAGCCGUGUGUCGGAAGAAUGGCACCAUUGACAAGGGGUCAUACCCAUGCCCAGUAUCGACACCACCAACACAUAUGCCAACUUCAACCACUAACACGCCCAGCCAGCCUACAACUAUCUUUGUUUUUACAUCAACCACACCAGAGCCAGUCACAUGUAAUCCUUGUAAAUGGUCACAAUGGUACGACGCCAGCUUCCCCACUCUGGGAACUCCAGGCGGAGACAAUGAAACAUAUGUAAAGAUUAGAGAAGCAGGUCACAAGAUAUGUGACAAACCAAGCCAAAUCCAAUGCAGAGCUGAAAAAUUCCUAAAUGUCAGCAUUGACAAAGUUGGACAAGUGGUGGAUUGUAACCUGGCUAAGGGACUGACAUGCAGAAAUGAAGACCAGUCAGGACCACUGCCCUUGUGCUUCAACUACCAAGUCAGAGUACUGUGCUGUGAUUAUAGUGCAUGCCCAACAAAGCCUACUCCUUCUACAGAAGCACCAAGCUCAACGACAAACACCCCGAAAAUACCUACAACACAUGUUACGUACACAUCUCAGCCAUCUACAACUACAACAACUACACCUUCUACCACAACUGAAACAACAACUACAACUCAACUGCCUACAACUACUACUACUACUCCAACAACACAUGUUACUAAACCUUGUGAGGAAACAUGCUACUGGUCACAGUGGAUAAGCUCAGACUAUCCUGAAUAUGGUCCUGGAGGGGACAAUGAAACUAUCAAACACAUUAUACAGAAAGGAUAUGACAUCUGUCAAAAUCCAGUGGCGGUGGAGUGUCAGGCAGUGCACUAUCCAGGGAUUCCACUAAAACAACUGGGACAAAAAGUAACAUGCAAUACCAAAGGACUCCUGUGUGAGAACAGCCAACAACAUCCUCCGAUAUGUUUAGAUUAUCAAAUAAAGGUAAAGUGUUGCAAAACAAUGCAAUGCAGCACUACUACGAUUACAACAACUACACCUUCUACCACAACUGAAACAACAACCACACCCCAGCCACCUACAAGUACCACUACUCCAACAACUACACCUUCUACUACAACUGAAACAACAACUGCAACUCACCUACCUACACCUACCUUUCCUACCACUACACCUACUACACCUGAGCAGCCUGUGACAGGAGGUCGACUCACAACCUCUAUACCCCAUACUCAGCCACUGCAUUGCUAUUGCUAUCAUCUAAAUAAAAGUUUCACCCCUGGCUCCAUAGUUUACAAUGAGACAGAUCUUGAUGGCCACUGUUUCAUAGGGUACUGCAAUGAGAGUUGUCAUGUAGUACCCCUACACUACCCGUGUGUUACAUCUACUCCUCACCCUACCUCUAAUACUACCCCUACCACUACUUCUAUCACUACCCACAAUCCUGGGUGUGUUGAUCUAAAUCCUCCAAGAAAGGAUGGUGAAAGUUGGAAGGUAAAUAACUGUAUUAUAGGAACAUGUGUUAAUGGCAAAGUGACCUAUAGCCGAACACCAUGUCCAACUAAAAAGCCUUUAGUGUGUGCAAAUAACUACCCUGCUGUUGAAGUGCAGGAUGACGAAUGCUGCUCUCACUAUGAAUGCCAAUGUAUCUGCUACGGUUGGGGAGACCCCCAUUAUGUCACCUUCGAUGGAACCUACUAUGCUUUUCAAGGCAACUGUUCAUACUGGCUGGUGAAAGAAAUACUGCCCAAAUACAACUUUAGUGUUAUGAUCGAUAACUACUACUGUGGUGCAUUAGAUGGCUUGUCCUGUCCACAGUCCAUCACUGUCUUCUACAAAAGUUACAAGAUUUUUAUUACACAGAAGGAAAUCAAUGGCAUUUUUAAAAACCAGAUUUAUGUCAAUAACAAGGCUGUGAGUCUUGCAUACCAAACUACUGAAUUCUCUGUAACCACCACCGGUAUUGAUACAGUGCUCGUCAUCCCUCAAAUCCACGCCAAGGUCACUUUCUCUGGGCUCAUAUUCAGUAUAUACCUACCCUAUAGUAUAUUUGGCAACAACACCCAGGGACAGUGUGGUACAUGCACCAACAACCGGACAGAUGACUGCAGGCUGCCCACUGGUAAAAUUGAUCCUUCAUGUCCUAAUAUGGCACAUGAGUGGCAUGCUAAUGGCAGUUUGUGUGAACAUCCAGUUCAACCCACACCAACUCCUACGCCUACUCCCUGCGAUACAUCCAUCUGUGAAAUAAUUAAAAGCAGUAUGUUUGAGGGUUGCCACAAGUACAUUGACUACAAACCAUUUGUCAUGGCAUGCGAGUUUGACGUUUGUCACAUGCACAUUAAAAACAUUAGCUGUGUCAGCUUGCAAACCUAUGCUGAUGCAUGUGCUGAGGCCGGAGUGUGUAUUGACUGGAGGAGCGCCACCAAAGGACUCUGUGAUUUUAACUGUCCAAGUCCCAAAGUGUACCAGGCCUGUGGCCCUAUGGUGGAGCCUACCUGUGAAUUAUGGUACAAUAACAAAUUCGUGUACACUGUCAAUGAAUUCAGUGCCAUGCUAAAGACGACGCUGGAGGGUUGCCAUUGCCCAAAUGGCACCAUCCUCCUCUCUUCCAACUCAAAUGAAUGUGUGCCCAACUGUGAAUUGUGUCAACUGCCAAAUGGGCAAUACAAGAAGCCCAAUGAAAAAUGGAACGAAGGCUGCAAGGAGUGUACAUGUGAGGACCACACAAUGCAGGUCACCUGUCAUGAAAGGCCCUGUCCAACAUAUCCACCCCUUAGCUGUGAUCAAGAAGGUCAGGUCAAGGUCAACUGCACUGACACCACUGGCUGCUGUCAUCAGGAGAGGUGUGAGUGUGACGUGAGUCAGUGCACUGGUCGUGUGCCAUCCUGUCCGAUUGGUUAUACUCUGAACAUCAUUCAGGGAGCCUGCUGUUUCACCUAUACCUGCGUGAGAAAGGAUGUGUGUGUUUUUAACAACAGUGAAUAUCAGGUUGGAGACCUUAUGCCUGGAAAUCCAUGUCUCAAGUGCAUUUGUACAGACCAGACAGAUGCCGGCACCCACACGUACAUACCAGUCUGUCAGCAGAUACCAUGUGACACACACUGCCCUGUGGGUUAUCAGUACGAGACCAGCACUGACAGCUGCUGUGGGAAGUGUGUCCAAACAGGUUGCAUUAUCAUGCUGCCAGACAGCUCCACACACACAUUAAAGCCUGGCACCAUUUGGACUCCCCCUGGGAAACCCUGCGUGAAGUUUGAAUGUGUGAAGAUCGCUAAUCAGUUCAUCACCGUCGAGGCCAAGACCAUCUGUCCUUCCUACGAGGCUCAAAACUGCAUACCGGGAACUGAGACCACUACUCCAGAUGGAUGCUGCCCAGUCUGUAUUCCAAAGGAUCAACCAUGCAAUGUAUCCACCUCUGCUGUGUACCUGGAGAGCAAGGGCUGCCAGUCCAAAGAAAAGGUCAAUGUCACAUCCUGUAGUGGAGCAUGUGGCACCUACACCUUCUACUCAACCAAAAUGAGAUCCUUGCAGCACUCCUGCUCCUGCUGCCAGGAGUUGUUCACAUCUGAGCGCCAGGUCCAGCUCUUCUGCCCUGACAACACAGAACUCACCUACACCUACACCCACAUCGACGCCUGUGGCUGCCUCAAGACAGAGUGCUCUGCGUUCAGCCACGGUGAAAUGGCGUCCACUCCCUCCUCCAGCGUCAGGUCACGUCGACGCAGGAGAUAAGGCAUAAACCCGGACGUAUGCGCUGGCCUCUUAUACAAUGAGCAUGAAUUUAUAGGAACAUGAGUGAACUGUUUUAACUGAAUCAGUGUCAUCUUCAUCUGCAUAAUUCCUCUAUUUAUGUCUAAUGUAUUAGUGUAUUAGUUUUAGCUUGAUUAGAUUGUUAUUA